AUGCCAACACAUGGGGAUGCUUCCGUCAGUGCCAUUGAGGAGAGUGAUCAGGGUGAAUUGAUUCUUAAGGUUGAAGAAAUUCAAACCCCUAUCGCCAUGAUAGGAACACAGCUGCUAAAGAGUGGUCUAAUCCCAGAGGAGCUAGUUGAUGAAGAAAACGAUAAAAACUUGAGGAAUUUUAUACAACGGAUGUUGGAUCAAGGCGAGUUGCAGAUCAAUCGUCGUGUCAAAAGCAAAAGCGAGGAAGAGAUAGCAGUGGUGGACAUCCCUUAUGAUGAGGUUAAUAUGGAAAUCCCUAUAAGCCCAUUGGUGAUAGAGUUUCCGGCACCGUUUGCAUAUGAAGAUGAGAAGGCGGUCUCGUGGAUAUAUCAGCCCAGAGCUUUUAAGCAAGGGCAGAAAGACCAACCCUUGGUGAUCAAUGAACCAAAUGUCACCUCGAUCGUGGGGACAGCUGGAAUGACAUGUAGUGGUCGAGUGUUCGCGCCAAGGACUGCUGAUGCUUCUACAAAAGCUAAAGGGAAGGAAGUUACUGUCCAGAUCCCCGUCCCUAAUCAAGAAAUGCAAGAAAUGCACAUGUCUCCUAAAGCUGCAGUCACUCGUGAAGAGGCCGAGGAAUUUCUGAGGAUAAUCAAGAAGAGUGAUUAUAAAGUGGUGGACCAAUUGAAUCAAACACCUUCAAAAAUCUCCAUGUUAUCUUUGUUGCUCAGCUCAGAAGCACACAGGAACUCGUUGUUGAAAGUGUUAAGCGCAACACAUAUCACGAAAGACAUAAUGAUAGAACAGUUUGACGAUGUGAUAGCUUGUGUAACCACUGGAAAAAAUUUGGGGUUUAACGAUGAUGAACUGUCGGUCGAGGGAAAGAACCAUAACAAAGCCCUACAUAUCUCCUUGAAAUGCAUAUCAAGGGUAUUAGUAGACAUAGGUUCCUCACUGAACGUCAUGCCGAAGACCACUUUGAUAAAGCUACCAAUGGAAAGGUCGAAUAUGAAGCCCAACACUCUAAUUGUAAAGGCAUUUGAUAGCUCAAGACGAGCAGUGAUAGGGGAGGUUGACUUACCGAUCAAAAUAGGCCCAACUAUUUUCAAUAUCACAUUCCAGGUUAUGGACAUACGUCCCGGUUAUAGUUGCCUACUUGGGAGACCAUGGAUUCACUCCGCAGGCGCCGUCACUUCCACUUUACAUCAAAAGCUAAAAUUCAUUACAAAUGACAAGAUGAUUGUGAUUGGAGGAGAGGAGGAUAUCUUGGUUAGCCACUUAACAUCCUUCUGGUAUAUCGAGGUGGAUGGCGAGAUAACCGAGACACCAUUCCAAUCCUUGGAAGUGGUAAAUGUGAUGGUCGUCCAGCAGACAUUGGAGACCCCGAAAUCAGGACCGUUCAUGGCCUCGUGGCAAGGAGCUAAGGCUGUUAUGGAAAGUGAAAAUGCUCAAGACUAG